AUGUAUCGCCUAAGCAGAACAAUCCAUCGAAGGAAUCCGUUACCAAGGCCCUCCCAAACGCAGCCGUUCCUCAAACGACACCGCCCAUUCUCCACUCUUCCCCGGCACUCAUCUCCGGGACCAUCUGUAUCUGAAGCCCCGCUAUUCGACCACUACUACGAUGCUAUAGUAAUAGGCGCCGGCGGCGCUGGCCUCCGCGCCGCAGUCGGUCUGACCGAGUCAGGAUUCCGCACCGCAUGCAUUACCAAACUGUUCCCCACCCGCUCCCACACCGUCGCAGCCCAAGGCGGCAUCAACGCUGCGCUAGGCAACAUGACACAAGACGACUACCGCUGGCACAUGUACGACACAGUCAAAGGCUCAGACUGGCUCGGAGACCAAGAUGCAAUACAUUAUAUGACGAGGGAGGCGCCGAAGGCUAUCUACGAGCUGGAGAACUACGGUAUGGCCUUCUCCAGAACCGAAGACGGACGUAUAUAUCAGCGGGCUCUGGGGGGACAGAGUCUGGAUUAUGGGAAGGGGGGACAGGCGUAUCGGACUGCUUGUGCGGCGGAUCGGACGGGUCAUGCUAUGUUGCAUGCUUUGUAUGGGGAGGCGUUGAAGCACGACACCCAAUUUUUCGUCGAAUUCUUCGCCCUGGACCUCCUGAUGGUCGAAGGCGCCUGCGUGGGCGUCAUCUGUCUCUCUCUCGAAGACGGCACAUUGCAUCGCUUCUUCGCGCGAAACACCGUCCUCGCGACUGGCGGUUACGGCCGGGCUUACUUCUCCUGCACUUCCGCACAUACUUCCACGGGGGAUGGCAAUGCCAUGGUUGCUCGCGCGGGUCUCCCUAACCAGGAUAUGGAGUUCGUGCAGUUCCAUCCCUCCGGGAUCCAUGGCGCCGGGGUACUCAUCACGGAAGGUGCGCGUGGAGAGGGCGGAUAUCUUCUUAAUGCGCAUGGCGAACGGUUCAUGGAGCGGUAUGCCCCGACGGCUAAAGAUCUAGCCAGUCGGGAUGUUGUAGCAAGGGCUAUGAAUCUUGAGAUCCGUGAGGGACGGGGCUGUGGCCCGGAGAAGGAUCAUAUCCAUCUCCAGCUGUCGCAUUUACCUGCGGAGCUUAUCCGCUCACGGCUCCCUGGGAUUCUCGAGACGGCGUCGAUCUUUGCGGGGAUUGAUAUCACGCGGGAUCCUAUCCCUGUUGUUCCUACGGUCCACUAUUGCAUGGGUGGGAUCCCGACGAACUAUAAGGGCCAGGUGCUGACGACUAGUAGUAGUCGCACUUCGUCUGAGACAAACAUCCCGGAUAAAGACGUAGAGCCAGUCCCGGGCCUCUAUGCAGCGGGCGAAUGCGCCAGCGUUAGUGUACACGGCGCCAAUAGACUCGGCGCAAACUCGCUCCUGGAUAUAGUUGUCUUCGGCCGGGCGUGUGCCCUCCACAUCGCCGAGACCAACGAACCUAACAUGGCCCUUCACAAUAUUCCCCGCGAUGAUACCCCUCCGUCGAACCUUGGCCAAGACUCCCUAUCCAGUCUAUCCACAACCCUCCACGCAACAGGCGACCUCCCGUCUUCAUCGCUCCGCCAUAAUCUCCAACGAGCCAUGCAAACGGACCUCGCUGUGUUCCGCACGCACGAAUCCCUCACCACCGGAUUAAGCAAAGUGAUUCAAGUGCAGAACGACUUCUCCACGCGACUCAGAACAAGCGAUCGAAGUCUAAUCUGGAACUCGGAUCUCGUGGAGACGUUGGAGUUGAGAAAUCUGUUGACGUGCGCGGCGCAGACGGCCAAGGCGGCGUUGUGUAGGACGGAGAGUCGGGGGAGUCAUGCGAGGGAGGAUUUCCCGGAGAGGGACGAUGAGAGGUGGUUGAGGCAUAGUUGGACGUGGCAGAAGGAUGAGAUGGAGGAGGAGGUUAGAGUGGGGUAUCGGGGAGUGAUUAUGGAGACGUUGGAUGAGGGGGAUUGUGAGAGUGUGCCGCCGGUGAAGAGGAGCUACUAG